AUGGAUGUAAUACAAUCACUUGGAAACUUCAGUGAAAGGUUUUAUAGAGAGAUUUUGAAAAGAAACGAAGGUUAUUUGGAGAAUACAUUUCUCUCCCCUUUUAAUAUCUAUACUGCACUCGGAAUGAUUCUCUCUGGAAGUGCAAACAAUACGAAAGCCGAGUUGAUAGCAGCUAUGCAGUUGCCUGACUGCUUGGAACAGGAAAAAAUCCACAGCGCGAUUGGUGAACUUUUGGCUGAUUUUUCGAAGCUUGAUGAGGGUGUUCAGAUAAUCAUUAGAAAUGGAAUCUAUGUAAAUGAUGGUGUGAAAAUUAAGAAACAAUUUAAAAAUAUCAUCAAGCAGUAUUACAAUGCACUGACCGAGCAUGUGGCGUUUAGGACAGAUUCUGAAUGUGCUCGAAAUCAAAUUAAUCAAUGGGUUAGUGAACAGACGAACGGAGCAAUCCAAGAACUCAUGCCACCUGAAUCGUUAUCGUAUGAAACGUCAGCUGUUAUUCUAUCCACUACAUACUUUAAAGGUUUAUGGGAUUUACCUUUCCCUAACGAAAAUUCACACGACAGCGAUUUCUUCAAACUUGACGGAUCAACAAUGAACGUCGAGUUAAUGUAUAAUGUAUCCUAUUUCAAUAUGGUCAUCUUACCACAUUUGAAAUCGCGAGCUAUCAAGCUACCGUUUAUAGAUCCUAAAUAUAUGUUAUUGGUUAUUCUUCCAAACUCAAACGAUGGAUUGCCAGACUUACUGAAUUUGAUGUGUAAUGAUGGUGGAAUUUCUGCGAUACUCUCACGUAGUUUUGAAAACACGCUACUGAAUUUAUAUCUGCCUAAAUUUAAGCUCAAACAAGGUUAUUCGUUAAGUUUAAAAACUCAUUUAAAGGAAUUGGAAAUAAAUGACGCAUUCAAUCCACAAUCAGCUGACUUUUCGAACAUUUCCAUCUCCGAUAAAUUAUGUUUAACAGAUGUUUUUCACAAGUCUAUACUUGAAAUUGAUGAGGAAGGUGUCGUAGCUGCUGGAGUCACUGCAUGCAUGUUCGAUAAUUGUGACUCUGAAUCUUCCGAGGCUGAGGUAGAAUUUUGUGUUGAUCAUUCAUUCUUCGUUUCGAUUAUCUGGAAUAAUAUUCUACCAAUAUUUCUGGGACACGUUACUACUCCAGUGAAUGAUUAGUGUGGUAUGGUAUACGAAGAAACCUCCAGGAUCAAUUAUUUUUGUGCUUACUAAAGUAUAUCAGAUUACUAAAUUUUAACUUCACUAUUCCUUGAUCAAGAAAUAAAUAAUUUUAACAAGAAAGUGACAAUUUUAU